AUGAACAUCACCACUGGAUUAAAAAUCAUCAGGUUUCAACUAGUCAAAUGUUUUAUUAGACAAAAAUCCUGUCAAGAAAUCACUAUGCCUGUGCCAUGGGGACAUAUCGCAGGAAAAUGGUGGGGACCAAUAGAUAAACGGCCGGUCCUGGCAAUUCAUGGGUGGCAAGAUAAUGCUGGUUCAUACAAUCGAUUAAUUCCUCUAUUAAAUGACUUAAGUUUUCUGGCUAUCGAUUUGCCAGGUCACGGAAGGUCUUCUAAACUACCUCAGGGAUUAUAUUAUACUAAUGAUCAGUAUGUUGUUUUGGUGGAGUAUAUUAGACAGCAUCUAGGAUGGAACAAGAUAUCUUUUAUGGGACACUCACUAGGCGUGGUUAUCACAUAUUUAUACGGAGCCUUUUACCCAAAUAUUGUGAAUUUCUCAAUUUGUUUGGACGCAGCUAAACCAUUAAUUUACAAAAACAAUAAUGAUCUAAUAGCCAAACUGAUUCAAAACUUCAUGAAAUAUGCAGAGUACGAACUGCAGAGUGACGAUCCUCCAUCCUACUCUUUGGAGGAGAUUAUGAUGAAAUUGUGUGCGAGAAAGUCCGUGUUUUAUGAGCACACACAUCAUUUGAUAGAGCGAAUGAUCGCACCAUCCACUAAAACCCCUGGAAAAUAUUUCUUUACCAGAGAUGCUAGAUUAAAGUGCGAGGGGUUGGCGAACUUCCCUCAAAAUGAGCUGGUAACUUAUGCUAAAAAUAUAAAAUAUCCAUAUUUUAUCGGAAAAGCAAAAGGAACCGACUAUUAUGAGGAUGAAAAGAAUUUUUUUGAAGUUGUGGAUGUUCUAAAAAGGGUUAGUACAGACUGCUGUCUACAUUACAUUGAAGGAACUCAUCACUUUCAUUUGAACACUUCCGAGUUAGUAGCUGGUUUAAUUAACGAUUUUAUUGCCAGAAACAGGUUAGCAGAGGGCCAUAGCAAAAGUGAUAUGAAAGAUCACAUUAUUGUUGCAUAAAAUUGUAUAAAUUUUUUGAAUAUGAAUUUGUGUAUUAUUUUCUUGA